GGUAUGUGCUACAACCAAGAUACAUUGUUUGAAUGGUUCCCGUACACAACCUAUUGGUGCAGGUUCUCUCACUCCGUCGUUUUUUUUAACCUUAAAUAAAAGAGAAGCAGUUCACCGAUCAACAGGAGUCGCAAAAGGUUGAAAAGUCAAACGGACAGCUGAAGAUGAACUAUUUAAACUAUUUUAUGAGACCAACUCUCCAUCAAGCAGUUCAAAAUGGCAACGUUGCGGUCGUUCAAGAAAUCCUGGAAAGAGAGCCAUCUUCUGUGAAUAAUUGGGAUCUCGAAUUCCAAACACCUCUUCACCUGGUCUACGAUAACAAUGAUGUAUUGAUACAACCUCACAACAAGAUGGCAAUAGCAAAACUUCUUAUAGAUUAUGGAGCAAACGUAAACGCACGAGGAAACAAACUUGAGACACCAUUGCACUUAGCCGUAAAAAAACAACAGAUGGAAGGAGUGAAAUUUCUUUUGGACAACAAAGCUGAUCCGAAUAUCAUUAACACUCACAGUAAAACAGCUUUGCAUUAUGCAACACAAAAGAAUAAAUAUAUUGUAGAAAUGUUGUUGGAGUACAAAGCAGACCCUAACAUUACUGACUGUGAUGAUCAAGUGCCAUUAGACAUUGCCAUUUCUUCUCACAACAUAGAUGCAGAAAAAAAUCUCGUAGCACUUGGUGCAAAAAGCGUGAAUUCCUACAGGAGUCUAGUAGAAGCAUGUAAUAAUUCGUAUGAGUUGUGGACAUGUCAAAAGACGUUUAUCAAAUAUGUAAUAGAACUGGCACCCGAAUUGGAUGCUUACGUUGACUUCUCGCUGAAAUCCCUACUGUACUACAUAGUAUCGAAGAAUCACCAAAAGAACCACAGGACAGAGGAUCCGUGUUUUCUUUUAGAUAUAUUGCACGAGCUAAAAGUCAAAAUCAAAGACGACAUGAAUGAUUCCGAUCUGCAUAAAGCUGUUCGUGAUGAAGAUGAAGAAGCGAUUAAGACCCUCCUCAAAAAUGGAGCAAACGUCAACAGUAAAAACUUCUUCGGCGAGACACCAUUGCAUUUAGUCUUACGAGUUACUAGAACUUGCAAAACGAAAUGGAUUGAUAAAAUUGCUGAGCUGCUUGUUGAAAAUGGUGGUUGACUACCUGCGGAUGGGAGUGUGAGAGAGAAGUCUGAC